CUGAAGUAUGGAGAAAUGGAAAUGAAGAAUUGCCAGGUGAACCAUGCCCGAAAUAUCUGGGAGCGAGCCCUAACAACUCUGCCCCGAGUCAGUGAGUUCUGGCACAGGUACACAUCCAUGGAGGAGAUGUUUGGCAAUGCCGCCGGUGCCCAUCAAGUGUUUGAGCGCUGGAUGGAAUGGCGGCCUGAGGAGCAGGCCUGGAACGCCUACAUCAGCUUCCAGCUGAGACACAAAGAGGUGGAGCGGGCCCGUACCCUUCAUGAACGCUUUGUGCUCGUGCACCCUUCUGUGAAGAACUGGGUCAAGUAUGCCCGAUUCGAAGAGAAGCAUGCUUAUUUUGCCCAUGCGCGGAAAGUCUACGAGAGAGCAGUGGAGUUCUUUGGAGAGGAGCAUAUGGACUCACACCUGUAUGCGGCCUUUGCCAAAUUCGAGGAAAACCAGAAAGAAUUGGAAAGGGUACGAGUUAUCCACAAAUAUGCCCUGGGUAGAAUUUCAAAACAAGGGGAACAAGAACUCUUGAAAAACUAUACCGUCUUUGAGAAGAAGUAUGGUGACCAGGCUGUUGAAGAUAUCAUCGUGAGCAAACGGAGAUGCCAAUAUGAAGAAGAAGUGAAGGCUAAUCCAUACAAUUACGAUGCCUGGUUUGAUUACUUGCGCUUGGAGGAAAGUGAGGCGGAGGCCGACACAAUGCGGGAAGUCUAUGAGAGGGCCAUUGCCAACGUGCCGCCCAUCCAGGAAAAGAGGCAUUGGAAGCGCUACAUCUAUCUCUGGAUCAACUAUGCAUUCUAAGAAGAGCUGGAAGCCAAGGAUCCUGAGAGGACUAGGCAGGUCUAUCAAGCGUCUUUGGAACUAAUUCCUCACAAAAAGUUCACAUUUGCCAAAAUGUGGUUAUAUUAUGUACAGUUUGAAAUACGACACAAAAAUCUGCCACUGGCCAGAAGAGCUUUGGGGACUUCCAUAGGCAAAUAUCCAAAGAACAAGUUAUUUAAAGGCUAUAUAGAACUGGAACUACAGCUUCGAGAAUUUGAAAGAUGCCACAAGCUUUAUGAGAAGUUCUUGGAAUUUGGACCUGAAAGUUGUACCUCAUGGAUUAAGUUUGCAGAAUUAGAGACAAUCCUUGGUGAUAUCGAUAGAGCCCGGGCCAUCUACGAAUUAGCCAUCAGCCAGCCAAGCUUAGACAUGCCAGAGGUCCUUUGGACAUCCUAUAUCCAUUUUGAGAUUGAGCAGGAAGAAACUGAAAGAGCACGAAACCUUUACCGACAAUUGCUUCAGCGAACACAGGAUGUCAAGGUAUGGAUCAGUUUGGCUCAGUUUGAGUUAUCCUCAGGGAAAGAAGCAAGUGUGACUAAAUGCAGACAGAUUUAUCAAGAGGUGAACAAAACCAUGAGAAACCGAGAAGAGAAAGAAGAGAGACUUAUGUUGCUGGAAUCCUGGUGAGGGUUUGAAGAUGAAUUUGGAACAGUAUCAGACAAGGAAAGAGUAGACAAACUCAUGCCAGAAAAGGUCAAGAAGAGGAGAAAGGUCCAGGCCCAAGAUGGGUCUGAUGCCGGCUGGGAAGAAUACCAUGAUUACAUCUUUCCAGAGGAUGCUGCCAACCAGCCGAACCUCAAGUUUCUGGCAAUGGCCAAGCUUUGGAAGAAACAGCAACAAGAAAAAGAAGCUGCCCAAUAGGAUCCAGAUAAGGACAUUGGUGAGAGUGAAUCCUCAUCUUUUUAAAUGUUGGAAAUUUUUUUAAUAGAAAUUA